GUGAGCCCAGCCUGUGGCACCAGGAAACAGGUGCAGAACAGGAGCAGUUCCCGUCGGAGACCUGGCUACUCACAGGAGCCGGGGCCAUGACUGCUGCUGCUUUUCACCUGGAGACACAGAGGUUCCCCUUUCCCUGACAGUUUCUGCCACUGUCUUGGGAGCAACUGGAACUGAGAGCUGAAGGCUGAGGCUGAUUGACAGAGUAACCAGAAAGUGAAAACCAAAGGAAGACAGUGUCCUGAAUAGAGUGGACUCUUGAGCCAUUUUUCUGAGGAGCUGCCACUCCAUAGAGGGGACAUCAGUUGUGUCCAGGAGGACAGCACUUCUUUACUUUGUGAUGCAACAAGAUGUUCUGGGGUCUUCUCACACAUCCCCACAUCCCCUGUUCAGCUCCAUGUCUUCCUUUUAGGUAAGUGUGUUAUUUAGAAACUAAGAUCUGGGUGUCGGGUAUACUCAUUGCUACUGGGGUGUCUUGGCUCCCAGACUCACCAGUGGACAGAGCUUGGGAUACAAGUAUGUAUUAACAUCUGUACACACACACUGACAUCUGUGUUUAUUUUUAUGCGUAGCCACAUGUAUUGAAAACCACAAGUUCACACUGAUGCCUCCAAAACCAACUCAACGCCUCAGGGUUCAUCCUAGUUUCCUCCCUUUCCAUAUUUGUAACUCCUGUCACCAACAGUAGGAAGUCAGUCAGGCUACGUUUUAUUGGUAGAUGAAAAUUAAGGAGACAGCUUCAUAGAUUGUAAACAAAGGGACUAGAUAAAUUAGCAGAACAGGGAUCAGGUAUGUAUUUCUCCCCUCCGUUUGCUCUGUGAAACUCAUCUCAAUCCUAUGCCUCUACAAUCCCACUCAUAGUAAAAAGCAGAUAGAUGUUGGAAAUGGUAUGAAAUUCAGUUUUUGUAUCUAGAGCAUCUAGGGGUCUACCAGUGGCAGAUAGAAUCAUAUGGAAUUAGGUCUCUUUUUCCUUCAUAAUGAAGAGUGUGGGUGCUCAGUGAAAAGAUGAAAGAAAAAAUUUAUCACAUGAUGUCCAGCUUUCGUAGCCCUCAUCUUCAAUCAGCCUAGAAGGAUCCUCUCAUACAUAGUUUACUUUCUGGAUUGUAUACUCAGUGACAAUUUAAGAAGCACCCCCAUUUAUCAAACAUCAACGUUACUUUUAAUUAAAGGAGCUCAGGAAAGACAGAGUGCACUUUCCCCACUGUAUUGUUAGCAGCUGUUCUUGAUUAGACAAUAACAGGGAUCCAUUAGCUUUGUGUGAUUCAAGAGUCCAAUAGCCAUUGUCAAAUACUGAAGAUGCUCCUGCAUAAGUCUGGUUUAGAACAGCUAUUUAGGUCUCAAUUAUUAAUGAAAUUAGUGUCCUGAAUGUCAGCAAGAUCAUUGCCUUAGGUAAAGGCUGUAAAGGAAACCAUAUUAGUGUGGAAUGUCCCCUCCUUAGGGGCUCCUCUUAGAUUACAUUUUUCACUUAGCUAUCUCUUGUCAGGGAAAUUGAAAUGUUGGCCACGAUCUGAUGCUGGGGCAGAACCAAAUGGAGAAGUUAAGGGGUAUUGCUGUGGCAUCAAUUCUGAAACAUUGUGUGGUGCUGGCGUCGCCUUUGGUCCUGUUCAAUGUUUACAAAAUAGCACCGGUAAGUUUACGUUUCUUCUCUUUGGGAUGUGCCUGGGAACAACGGCAGGUGCAAUGGCUCCUCUGUGGCCCUUCAUCCUGGUGGCUGCCUCAGAAAUACUAGUUACAGAUACACCUCAUCCCAGGAAUUCUACUCUAUAUCGUCUCACCAAGCAGCUAUUACAGAAAUAUCACAAGAAAGUGAGGCCAGUUCAUGACCGGACUAAGGCCACCACGGUAUACCUGGAUGUAUUUGUCCAUGCCGUAUUGGAUGUGGAUGCACAGAAUCAAAAAUUAAAGACAAGUAUAUGGUACUAUGAGGUUUGGGAUGAUGAAUUUUUAUCCUGGAGCCCCACCGUGUUUGAUGGGAUCAGGGAGAUCUCUCUACCUCUAAGCGCCAUCUGGGCCCCUGAUAUCAUCAUCAGUGAGUUUGUGGACAUUGAAUGAUCACCCGGCCUCCCCUAUGUCUAUGUGAACUCAUCUGGGACCAUUAAGAAUGCUAAGCCUAUCCAGGUGGUUUCCACAUGCAAUUUAGAGACAAACGCUUUUCCAUUUGAUAUGCAGAACUGCAGCCUAACUUUCAGUAGCAUCCUGCACACGGUGGAAGAUGUAGACCUGGCCUUCCUGAGGAGCAGAGAAGACAUUAAGCAUGACAAAAAGGAAUUUUUGAAGGACAGUGAGUGGGAGCUUCUUUCUGUGUCCUCAACAUACAACAUCCUGCAGAGCAACACUGGAGAUUUUGCACAGAUUCAGUUUAACGUGGUGAUUCGCAGGCACCCACUGGUCUACGUCAUGAGCCUGCUGAUUCCCAGCAUCUUCCUCGUGCUCGUGGAUCUGGGAAGCUUUUACCUGCCACCCACCUGCCGAGCCAGGAUUGUGUUCAAGACCAAUGUGCUGGUGGGCUACACCGUCUUCAGGGUCAACGUGUCUGAUGAGAUGCCAAGGAGUGCAGUGAGCACCCCUCUGAUUGGAGUCUUCUUCACAAUUUGCCUGGCCUUCUUGGUUCUCGGCUUAUUUAAGUCCAUCCUAUUGGUCACAUUCCUCCAUGAUGAGUGCAGCAGUGAGCAAGAGUGGCCCCUCUCAUGCCUUCAAGGGGACAUUGACGCUGACGGGCCUAGAAGAGAUCCCCAAGCCCAGCCUGCUGGGGUGACAGAGCCCUCGGUCUGUCGAGAACACCAGGCCCAGUCAGAGACCCUGAAGGAAGUCUCGUUCCAGCUUAAGUCCAUCAGCACCUACUUCCAAACCUGGGACCAGGAGGACCGACAAGAGGUUAAGUGGCUGGCCUUCCUGGAAUGUUUUGACCGACUGCUCUUUAAAGCGUGCCUCGUCGUGCUGGGGCUCUAUGCCGUGAGCCUGUGCUCCCUCUGGGCGCUGGGGAGCAGCUUGUGAAGACUGGAGGCUGUUGGUCUCACCCAACAUUCGCUUUCUCGUCUCUGGAUCAGCAGCAGCAGCACGGGAACUGUUAGAUAUGCAGAAUCUUGGGUCCUCUCAGACCUACUGAAUCAGGAUCUGAAUUCUGACCUCAUCCCAGAGGAUUCGUUUGCACACUGCAGUGACAGAAG